AUGCUGACCAAAGUCUCCCACACGAAGCCCUACGCGGCCCUGUCCCCACUGCACCGCGAGGUCUCCCAGGCCGGGCGCACCGUCCUCAUAACCGGCGGCAACGGUGGUAUAGGCUACGCAGCAGCGUUUGCGUUUGGACAAGCCGGCGCACCGCGGGUCAUCAUCACUGGCCGCCGCGCAGACGCAACCGCGGCCGCCGCAAAGGCUCUCGAAAAGCAGCUAAUAAUAGACGGCAACAGCGGCGGCAUCAGCAGCAACACCGAGUUCGUCGGCGUGACAUGCGACAUCUCCAAGCCCGAAGAGGUAGAGCGCCUUUGGGCCGACCUAAAGGCCGACGGGGUGUACGUUGACGUCUUGGUCCUGAACGCGGCGGGCAUCUCGGCGAGGCAAAGCAUCUUCGAGCGCGGAACGGAUGGGAUCUGGACCGACUAUAAUGUCAAUGUCCGCGCACAGCUUCAGACGACGGAGCGCUUUUACAAGCAAGAAACGGGCCCGUCUGCUGCCGACAGUCCUCAAAAGUCCCUCGUAAUGUUAUCUACGGUGGCCAUACACGACUUCGACAUCAACGCCCCUUACCCAGGAUAUGGCCUGACCAAGAAUGCAGGGACUCUGCUCAUGCAAGUGAUUGCCAGGGAGAUCUCACCAGAGGCCAUGCAGAUCGUCAGCUUUCAUCCGGGCGCGGUCUUCACCCAGAACGCGAAGACUGCGGGCUGGAAAGAGGCGGACCUCGAUUGGCACGACCCGAAUCUCGCUGGCCAGUUCGCUGUCUGGGCCGCUUCAGAGGAGGCUAGAUUCUUGCAUGGCAGAUAUGUAUGGUCAGAGUGGGACUUGGACGAGCUGAAGAACGGCGAUAUUCGAAAGAGGAUUGACGAGGAUGAAAAUUUCCUGCGAAUCGGAGUUCAUGGUUUGUAG